AUGUUUAAUUAUGUCUGUCAACGGUCAUUGUCGACCAUUUCAAAAUCACUUAAAUUUAAUUAUAAAAUUUCAAUUAUUUUUAUAUUAUUUAAUUUAUUUAAUUUAUCUGUUGUAUAUGGUAAUGAAUCACAAACAAUUGAAAAAUUAUCAUUACAAAAAAUUUUUAAACAACGACAUAUUUAUCAAACAAAAAAAUUACUUCGUAUAAUAUAUUUUCGUGAAUAUGAUAUGACUGUUGACGAAAAUCGUAUUAAAAAUGAUGUAUAUAAUCUUACGGAAUUAUAUGGAAUUGAUUUAAAAUUAAAUAUUCUUGAUCAAUCAACAUCGAUAUUAACUAAAAAAUUAUGUUCAUUAAUAUCAGAAGAACAACGUGAUACAAUAUUUAUUGCUGAUUUAUAUACCAAAGAAAUUGAUUUAAUGUCCCGUGCACUUAAAAUUCCUACAAUUGCUACAACAAAUCGAUAUCAAAUUGUUCAAGGCAAAUUGCAUAAUCCUUAUCUUUUUAAAUUAAUGUCAGAUCCUAUCGAAGAAGCACAAUCAGUAGCAUAUGCUCUCGAUACACGUUCAGUUUAUACUCGAAUUGCUUUAAUUUAUGAUCUAUCAAUUGAUAUGAUUGAAUAUCGUAUAUCAUAUCUUCGUAUUGCUAAACAACAUAUUAUUUAUCGAGCACAUUUACCACGUAUAUCAUAUUUAAUUAAUCUUCGUCAUACAACAAGAAAAAUAAUUCGUGAUUUAACACAUAUUAAUAUUGAUCUUAUUUUAUGUAUUAUGUCAACUGAACGUGAAUUACAAUUUCUUCGUUUUAUUGAACAAUAUAGUACAGUAUCAGAAAGAAAUAUAUUAUUAAAUAAAACAAGUUGGUGGUUUGCUUCACGACUUGGUGAAAUACGUAAUUUAACAUAUUUUCCAAAAAUUUAUACAGCAAAUGCUGAUCGACGAAAAUUAUUUGGUUAUUUUUCAAAUUCAAGUAUGAAAAUGUUAUUUAAUGCUGUUAUAAGAACAUAUACUCGUUUACCAGUUUCAUCAUCAUUUAUUGGUACAACAAACUGUGCUAUUCAACAAACCAUACAUCAAUUAAAAAAGACACAUAUGUUUAUUAAAUUAUUUACAAAUUAUACGGAAUGGAGUUGUGAUAUUCGUGUUGGUUCUGGUAUUGAUCCAAUUUUAUUUGAACCAGAUACUCUUCUAUGGCGUGUUCCAACAAUAUUUAUGGUUCAUACGGAACAUUUAUGUCAAGGUAUGAUUACUCGUCUAUUCUUUUCAUCAAAUAAUAAUGCUGAACAAUUAUUUCGUUCAUGUCGUCCAUUAACUUCAUCAUCACGUAAAAGUUCAUCUUCAACUCAACAAGAUAAUUCAAGUCUAAUAACAUCAUCAAAUGCACUUGUUAAUUUAAAAAACUAUCAUCAAAUGUUUGGUAGUUUAUCAAGUGGUGGUAAAGCAGAUGAUUGUCAAUAUGUUCAUAUGCAAACAGUAUCAGAAAAACCAAUUAUUGUUGGUGUUGUUGAACCACCAUAUAUAUUUGUAUCCGAUGCUCAAAUAUCAUCGGAAUUUCAUUGUAAUUAUGGUAUACCAUGUUAUCAAAUUGAUCCAUUAUUAAUUAAUUUUACAACAGAUGCACUUUUUUUUCAUUCAAAAAUGACAACAUCACCACAUUGUUGUUAUGGAAUUUCGAUUAAUCUUUUAUUACGUAUAGAAGAUUCAAGAUUAGUUGCGCCAUUACAAAUAACAAAAUUAUUUGUUUUCUCUGAUAAACCAAAUAAAUGGUUAGCAUUAACAGAAGCAUUAAAACAUCAUCGAGCACAUUUUUCAAUAUCAGCUAUACCUUAUGAAUCAUUUUUUGCACGUUCAAUUGAUUUAACACCACCUUUUUAUCAUUCAUCCUAUGUUAUUUUAACUGUACCACCACCCACAGGAUUAUCAUUAGGUGCAUUUUUACAACCAUUUUCAUGGCCAACAUGGUGUAUUAUAUUUUUAUUAUUAACUAUUACUGCUUUAUUUGAAACAUUUUUUGAAUGGCAUAGUCCUUAUGGUUUAACACCGAAAGGUCGUCGUCGACAUAUAAUAUUUAGUUUAGCAUCAGCAUUAACACUUAGUUGGUCGAUUAUUUUUUCACAUACAUUUAAAACCAAAUCUCCAAAAUGUUGGUCAAAUCGAUUUUUAGGCAAUGCAAGUUUCAGACAUAAAAAUAAACAAAAAUAUGUAUUAUUUUCAUUCAAAUUAGCUGCAUUUAUGGUUGAAACUGAUAGAACACAAAUGGCAAGCAAUAUUCAUGGCAUAUUUGAUGUAUGUCGUAGUAUGCCUCGAUGUAUUAUCGGUGUUGUUGCUAAUACAAGUGAUGAAGAAUAUUUAAAAAUAUUUUAUACGAAUACACUUUAUCGUCAUAUUUAUUAUAUAUCAUCUUAUUCACAUGGUAUUGAAUUACUUCGUGAUCAUAUUAUAACAUAUCUACUUAUGGAUCAUUCAAUAGCAAGAUAUUAUUUAACACGAGAUGUUUCUAAAUUAAUUCGUAUUAGUGGUGAUAAUUUUGGUGCAUUCGGUUUAUCAUUAGGUUUUUCUAAAUUUGAUACGGAUUUAAAAGAAAAUAUAACCAAUAUUUUAUUAUCUUAUAUUGAUAAAGGUAUUAUACAACGUCUUCAUGAUGAUUGGUAUGUGUAUGAAAAUUGUGAAACAAAAAUAUUAGAUGAAAAUCUUGAAUUACCUGUUGAUCGAUUUUUUGGUGUAUUUAUGUUAUUACUAGGUGGUAUACUCGUUGGAUUAAUUAUACUUGGAUUAGAAUGGUUAAUAUUUAAAUAUGCGGUACCAUAUUGGCGACGACGACAAUGGCGUGGUUGGCUAUUUUAUUCACAACGUUUAUAUGCAGUAUUAAAUGUAUCCGACGAAGUUUAUAAUCAAGCUUAUUGUUUAUCAAAAAAUAGUUCAUUAAACUGUGUUGGAGAACGUCUUCAUAAUUAUUCAACACGAUGUGAUAGUUUAGAUUUACAUGUUGUUGAUGUUCCGAAAUUAUUAAAUACAACUUAUCAAUUAAAAGAACAAAUAAAUACAAUACGUGAACAACAACAAAUGUUACUUCUUCCUCCUAAUGGUGAUUUAAAAAUAAAAAAAGAUAAUUGUGAUGAAAAACAAACUAUUCAAAAACGUAUUAAUGAACUUGAACAGGAAUUAAAUCAUUUAAGAUUACAAUUACAAACAAAUAAUUCUUAA